CUUUUGCCAUCUAGGAGUUGUGCGUCUGCCAUGCCAGAGCUGACUACAAAAGGCACUACCAUUUCUAAAAAAGGCUUCAAGAAAGCUGUAACUAAAACCCAGAAGAAGGAAGGGAAAAAGCGGAAGAGAUGUCGAAAAGAGAGCUAUUCAAUUUACAUCUACAAGGUGUUGAAGCAAGUUCACCCAGAUACAGGAAUAUCUUCAAAAGCCAUGAGCAUCAUGAACUCGUUUGUCAGUGACAUUUUCGAGCGCAUCGCAGGCGAGGCGUCGCGCCUGGCACAUUAUACCAAGCGCUGCACUAUCACGUCCAGGGAGAUCCAGACGGCCGUGCGCCUGCUGCUGCCUGGGGAGCUGGCCAAACACGCCGUGUCCGAGGGCACCAAGGCCGUCACCAAGUACACCAGCUCCAAGUGA